AUGAACAAUCAAGCUGAGUAUGAGGCUUGUAUUGUUGGUAUGGAGGCUGCAUUUACACUUGGUGUUGAAAAGCUCGAGGUUAUUGGGGAUUCCAAUCUUAUGGUCUCUCAAGCAAAUGGGCAUUGGAAAGUCCGUGAGGAGAAGCUGAAGCCUUAUCAUCAGGAUUUGGAAGAAUUGAUUCCUCAUUUCAACAAGGUGACCUUCACUCAUAUCCCUCGAUUGAAGAACCAGUUUGCCGAUGCUUUGGCAACAUUGGCCUCCAUGGUUAAACUCCUGCUAGGUGUCAAGCUACGCCCUAUCCUGAUUGAACAGAGGGACUUUCCCUCUCAUCAGUACGUCAACGCCAUCAAUGAUGUUAAUGAUGGCCUACCCUGGUACCACGACAUAUGGAACUUUGUUGAGAGUGGCAUGUAUCCGGUUGAGGCCUCGAAAAAGGAUCAAACUGCAUUAUGA